CCCCCCUCCUCUGUACUGGGAGGGUUGAAGGAGAACACUGGUGGAGUAACGUCAAGCAGCAUUCUCUCUCUCCCUCCCUCCCUCUCCCUGUCAGUAAAGAAAUCAGUUUAUUUGAGUGAAGUUGCAGAUAAAAUGUCGUCUUGGGCGAAGUCGUCUGCAGCUGCCCGGCGGCCAACCGCCAACAUGAACCCCAACGGAAGCGCUCAACAGCUGCGUCUGUUUCGGAGAGCAGCGCCUUACUCCAACAGAGAUGAGAGGACCGAGGAGCCCAAGGAUGUCCUGGAAAGUUACGAGGAGCUGGAGCAAAUUCAAAACUACAGCGGCAGCGUGAAGUACGAGGGGUACAAGCAUCAGCCAAAUGCCAAGCCAGACGGCUGCACCCCAGCUGACAGACGCAAAGCUCUGUAUCAGAAGUUCUACAGACAGGUGCAGGAGGAGAGGAAGCCGCCUGACUGCGUGGUCCUCUCUGUCACCAACCGGUGCCUGGAUUACCCCAAAUCGCUAAGCCAGUGCUUGCAGGAGCGUGGCCUGUCAGUGGAAAUGCUCUACCUUGAGGCGGAAUCAGGCCUGACCCGAGCUCUGCAGGACGUCCGAGCAGACGGCUCGCCGUUAUGUAUUCUGGUGGAGCAGACUAAUGUAGUUCUGUCCUCCUGCACUGUUAUCAUAUUCUCAGACUCCCUCAAAAUCCAUCGCAACAUGCCCAAAGACCAGGCCAUGGACUUUGUUGCGGCCGAGUACAGUCGCAGACGCGUCAAAGAGCGCACGCUGAAGGACCCCGCAGACAGUGCAGCCCAGGCGUCGCAACUGCUGGAUGACUUUCUGGAACGGGAAAAGAUUGAGCGCCACGCGGUUCCCUCAGAAACCCGUCACCUCCUCUUGCUGUUAUCUGACGGGGUGCAUCUCUACCCAGAGGAGAUGGAAACCAUCUCGGAAUAUGUCCGUUCCCGGCAGGAUCACACACACGCAUCCAACACCGAGGGACAGAGAGGGAACAUGUUACCUCCAGGAUUGGGGAAACCACCUCCUCUACUCCCCACACCACCUGGGCCCCCUCAACCCCAAUCUGCAGCCGGAGCAGGUGGGCCCUUGAUGGACCACCCCCUACAGCCGGCUCCUCUCCUGCCUUCACCAGGCUCCUAUCCCAAAACCAAACCUCCUCCUCUACUGUCCUUGCAUCGGCCUCCUGGUCCAUCGUUAGGGGCCUCAUCUUCUCGAGGCCCCCAGUCCUUACACAGCCCCUACGGUGGCCCCUCCAUGUCCCGUGGGCCCUUACUCCAUCACCCUCCUCUAUACCAUCCAGGCCCCAGGGGCCCUCUCCUCAAUAGAGCCCCGCCUUCUCUAAAGAGUUCCCGCCCUCCACUUCUCGCUUCUCCAGGUGCGCUUCUUCCACGACCGAGUGGACCCCGACACUAAAAGAAUAACACACACACACUGUUACACUUGCAGGCUACAAGUGCCAGAAGUGUUUUGAACAUUUCAGCUAACUCAAGAACAGAAGAGUCCUGGAGCCUGCACCAGUCACCUUUUUUUCUCUCUUUUUUUUCCUCCUCUUUUUAAAGUAACUGUUGAAUUGAAAAGAUGGUAGUUAAUGUGAAAUAAUAUAAUUGUGGAUGGGCUGAUUAAGGAUUACAUGGAGUAUUCUUAUAACUGAUCAUUUUAAGUAUCUUUUCCAAGAUCCCUCUUUCAUUAUGGUUCUUCCCUUUUGUCUUUAUAAUGUACUGUGCUUUUCACCCAGUCAUCUCAUUAAAGAAAAACCCAACAUUUUCCAUACAUCCAGUUGGCCUUUUUUAGAUUUGGUUAUGUUGGUUUAGGCUAUAGAGAGAAGCUGCACAAGAUAAACCUCAAACAUCUGACUUGCUUAGCUGAAUGCACAAACAAUCCUGUUCACCAAUGGACAGCUGGGUUUAUUUUUCUGUACAUAAUGAAGAUGGCAGGUAGCCUACUUGCUGUAUACGUGUUUCAAGAUGGUGCUUAAGAUUUUACAUGUUACAGUUCUCUAAGAUCAUCUGGAGUUGAGUUUCAACACCCAAUUAAAAGUCUGCUUUUACAAGCUGUA